AUGCUCAACUGGAUUAUCAGAUAUGAAAAGCCAACUGGAGAGCUUGCAAGAAUUCACGAGGAACACCUCAAAAGAAGGAAUGUUCUGAAUCUAUACACGAAGAGGGAGUUUGAGAGGUGGGGAAGGUGUAUUGACCUGUAUAUCCUACUUGAUUUGGAUAUGUACAGAACAAAACCCAUUCCUUCCUCGAUUCUUGAGCAUGUAGUGAAGGUCAAGAUGCAUGAAUACCAUCCUGAUUUAAUCAAGGGGUGCCGAGAGGCGUUUCUACUGGUCAAGAUUGCAAGGGAUGUGCUUAGAGAUCGAAAGCUCAGAUUAUUCUACGACUCAAAUUUUUUUGACGAGAGCAUUCCUGAAGACAAAAUUUAUCGCGAAGACGAGUUUUUCGAUGUGUUUGGAGAAUGCUUCCAAAGAAAUGCUAGGUUCAGCAUCAACCAGCCUGUUCCCUUGUUGGAUAGAAAUGACGAUCCUAAGAAGGCAUUGGAGUUUUAUGAGUUUUGGGGGAACUUUAAGUCCUGGAGGGCCUUUGAGCCUGUGGAAGAGCUCUACAAUAUGGGGGAAUAUGAUAGAUCGCAAUAUUCCAUAAAGAACAGGGAGAAGCUAAGCUUUCUAAAGAACCAGGAUGCUUUGAGGAUCAAGAAGCUUGUCCAGAUUGCCAAGAAAAGAGAUCCCCGAGUGGGAAAAAGCAUUGAAGAGCAGAUGAAGGAGAUGAUGAGGAUGAAUAGCUGGACACCCUUAGAGGUUUCAACACUGAGAAGAUUGAUUUCUUUGGUUGGAAAGACCAAGAAGAAUAAGUGGGAGAUGAUUACAGAGAAGCUUGCCGAGAUCACAAAGACCAAACGCAGCAUUAAGGAAGUGAUGGAGAAGGGAAUGGAAAUAGAAAAGAGGUGA